CCCCACCCACUCAUGCUCAAGCGAUCUUUGCCAAAUCCUAUUCCAUGAGCUGAGGUCAAAGAUGUCUUUUUCUCCAGGGAGCAAUGGCAGCUCUCUUGAGGACACCCUCUACCAGCAAGCUAGAGGUGUCCACGGUAAAGAGUUUGAGGAAUGGGUGGGGUCAUUAAGGGAGGUGCUCCAGUCCAGUGACAGAGGACCUGGCUGCCUCACUCUGCUCAGACAACUAUAUGUCCUUACUGCAGCCACAAAGUACAGUCGCAAUCUGUCAACAAACAUAUUCCGUCUGCUGCAAAGUCUGAUUCUGGAACCGGAACAGGGAGGUCCCCGCGUACGGCUCCUGGCCAGUGUCGUGCUACAAGACCUCUCUCCCUCUAGACAUGUUGCCGUGAGCGACUUCAAACCCCCUGUGGAGAUGAGCAAUGUGCCGUACUUCCUCCCCGUCCUAUUGGCCCAGACCAACUGUCAGGAGAAGCUCAGCACUCUAGCACCCAAGCUAGUCAACUGGUUGAUGCAGCCUGGCUCUGAAGAGGAGCGUCUCCUCGCGUCCCUCUCCUGUUUCCACACCCUCUGUUCCCACGGCCGAGGGCUCGAGCGUGUGCCUGAGGACCGACUGAGGGGGGUCAGUGGACAGCUGGGGAACUGGUUACGAGGGGCAGGACGGAACACGUACAGUCUGCCAUCGUCUAGUCUCACCGGGAGUCUGUUUAAGAGUGGUGCUAAAAGACAGGUGGUGCCAUUCAAGGAGAUUGAUGGAACCGUGUCUCAAGACAUCUUCACUGUUCUUUGCAUAGGAGAAUCAUAUUCAUUGGAUCAUCUUCUCAACAUUAGUACGUUUUCUUUUCUUCGUCGUUGGUUCCUCUCCACACUCACGGGAGACAACAGGCUCACAGGUCCCUCCCCCUCACCCGCCCCCACACCCACACACGAAUCUCUGGCACACGGUACCUCAAGUUAUGAUCGGCAGGGCAGCUUGAGAUCGUCUCUCACACCCUCACAGCCUCACCCCUUCACAACCUCACUGCCCUCCCCCCUCUCACCAACACUUGGAAUGGGAUCCUCUUCUCUGAUUGGUCCGAUCCUCGGUGGACGUACAAAGCAAGGCCUCAAAGACUCGGCUGUACAAUACUGCUUGAGAGUGAUUGAUCAAUGCGAAAGAAGGCCUUCAAAGAGUGUGGAUGAUGACCUUAUUGAUGCGUGCUUGUACGAGUGUAUCGCACUGUUGGACAUCCUCUGUUCUCUUAGCCGCUCUCUAAUUAACGGGGUCUUCCCCACCAUUCGUCGAGUGUACUCCCGUUGUACUCUAAACCCUAUCCCCAAUGCCCGCCUCCUGUUAGCCCUCGUCAAGUUCUUCCUCAAUCACGGUGAGUCUGAGAUGUAUGAUUCGGAGGGACCUGUGGCCCUCUUCUUUGGGCAGGUGCUGGCCAGUCAAUUCAACGAUCCUGGGCUGGCCUACGACACUGUGGAGUACCUGGUGGACAACCUAGAGGCACUCCAUGGCUCCACCAAUAUCCUCACCAAGUACUUCCCCAACAUACUCAAGAUCUUGGCCUGGUUUCCCACGACCUUCAUUGCUGAGUUUCUACAGUUGCUGCCAUCAUUCAUCUCCAAAGCAACCGCCUCCGAGGUCCUCCACUCGACUUUUGACCUCCCCUGUCUCUCGGCCACCCUACAAGCUAACCACCUCCUGCAGACCUCCCCUGGCCUAGCAGACACUGGCCCCCAAGUAUCACCAUAUGCCAAGUGUUUGGCUGCAUUUCAAGAGCCCACACAUAAGCUCAUGUUUGGACAUUUCCAGAGGAGUGAGAGUGGCAGGGGAGACACUAUAGACAAGCUCAAGUCACUCGUGUUCUUAUUGGAGGAUUUCUCAGAGCAUCAGAGAGUUGUGGAGAUGGCCCGGGUCACACCACUACUGAUCAAACUAUUUUUCAAGACGGUUCUGUUUAGCAAUGACAGGGAGGUGCUCUCCCAGCUGGUUACCGUGGUAAUGGAGAGGUCCGUCCUGCUAUACAAGAUAGACUUCUACCAAUCCCAGACACGCGUUGUCAUGAGCGACCAACUCAUGGAGAUGUUCAAACUACACUCUCAUUUUGUGAUUGACUUUAAGCAGGAGAUUGUCGAUUUCCUUAGCAACCUGCGCUCUUUGAACUCUGCGGGGGAGCACUUCUAUAUGCACCUGGUGUGGGCACUGGGGGAGUACAGUCACGCAGGCUAUGACAGUCGCUGCACCACUGCUCUGCUGUCUCAGUACUUUGAGACGCUGGAGUCAAUGGGGCUGGAGGCUAGUCUGAAUCUCCACCAGAGCAAGCACUGCACCACUCGCCUGGUGCUGGUCAUCAUGAGCUCAGUGGCUAAGAUAGCCUCUCGCUGUCAAGACCUCAUCCCCAGAGCUCUACUCUGCCUCAACAAGAUACUCCAAAUAGGAUCAGAGGUGACCAGCGAUCCUGCCACUCACAAGAUGCUCCUCAGUCGAGCCAACGAGCUGGUACAUGUACUCAAGAUCCCCAGUAUAGCCUCGGCAGUGCUGACUCCGCCCACCCCACACAGCGGAGGGGACCAGGACAUGAACAAACAGAAAAGUAUAGCGUAUCUCUUACAGUCUGUGUCCAGGAACAUUAAAGCAGAAUAAUUUUUGUAUCUUCAUACUGUGUGUGUAUCUGAUGAGAAAGUUUUCUAUUUUAUUA